UGAGGUGACAGGCAAACAGGGACAAACAUGAUUUUCAUUUGACAAAUGAAAGAUUACUGGAUAUCACACCAAUCACAAUCAAGAUAAGAAGAUCGCACAUUGCCAGCACAAGAAACAGUGGCUGCAGAGAGUGUCACAUAAAAAGCAGAGAGAGAUAGUUGGGAGUGGUUCGAUUGCUGAGAGGGAGGCUUGUGUUUAGGCCAUGGAGAAUUGCUAUUACUCUGCCUGGCCUGAAGGGGAAGAAAAUUGGGCUCAUGCUGCUGUACUAAACGACGAGUCGCCCUAUCUAGUCCCCUGGCCCCUGCCGCCCCAUGUCUCAGCCUCCACCAGCUCCAGAUUCCAAUUCCAUGGCUUCCCAUCUGAAGGAGGAGGGGUUGCAGAAGAUGGAGGUGCAACUCCUUCCAAGAGCCAUAGCCAAGCAGAGAAGCGCCGCAGGGACAGGAUUAAUGCACAACUUGCAACUCUUAGGAAACUAAUUCCCAAGUCUGAUAAGAUGGACAAGGCAGCUCUAUUAGGGAGAGUGAUCGAGCAUGUGAAGGAUCUGAAGCGAAAAGCAAUGGAAGUAAGCAAAUCCUGCUCACUUCCAACAGAAGUAGAUGAAGUAACCAUAGACUCCGACCAUGCUCAAGACGUAAACCUCCCCAGCUUGGAAAAGGGCGAACACAAUAUUUUCAUAAGAGCUUCUUUCUGCUGUGAUGACCGGCCGGAGCUAUUCCCGGAGCUCAUCCAAGUCCUCAAGAGCCUACGACUGACGGCAGUUAAAGCCGAUAUGGCCAGCGUGGGUGGCAGAAUUAAGAGCACUUUGGUGCUCUGCACCAAGGAAAGUGAUGAAGCGGGUGUUUCCCUGAGCACUCUCAAACGAUCCCUUAAAUUAGUUUUGUCAAAGCUUGCUUCAUCACCUAUGGCAUCAAAUUGUCGUAUUAGAAGCAAACGGCAGAGGUUCUUCUUGCCUUCUUAUUAUUCACAAUAAAUCUUGCUGAAACAUUUCUGGGUCAUCUCAGUUACACUGCUUUUUUUUUCUUCCUUUUUUUUUUACCCCCCCUUGAGACAUGCUUUGUCCCCGCUCAGUCACUGUCAGGGAACCGUAGAAAAAUGUUGGGUGGCAAGAGCAAAGUACGCGAAUUAUUCAUGUCGUUUCCUACCAUAUAAAGAAGUGGACUUCAUUGUAUGACCACACUUUCUCU